GAGAGCCAUGGCGCCAAGACACCGAGGAGGAAGCCGCACACGCCAUGGGAGGCGACACGCACGGCAGAAGCAGCUGAACGCGAUGGAGCUCAACGCGAUCAUCGCCGGCGGCAACAUGAUGGCCGACGACGACGGCGGCGGCUUCACCUUCGCCGAGGUCCCGCCGCUAGCCGGCGGCCGCUGCGUGGGCCCGCCGCUGUACCCGGUCUUCGGCCGGCCGAGGUCGCCGCCGCCGACGCCGCCGCCGCAUCGGCAGGCGCCGGAGAAGGCCUCGCGUCUGCCGCUAUGGCGGUUUCUGAUGGUGGACCACGGCCCGCCGCCGCCGCCACCACCGACGACGCAGCCGGCGGCGGACGACGACCUCGACCUCGACCUCGACGGGGAGCCGGCGGAGUCGACGUUCCUGUACUGCCCGCUGUGUCCCGCGUUGCCGGUGGCGGCGGCGGCCUCCCCGGCGCGGUGCCGGAAGAGCGGCUCCACUGGGUCGUCUCUCCUCCGGUGGCGCCAGCGCUCCAUCGGCCGGAGCCACAGCGACGGCAAGGAGAAGUUCGUGUUCUUGAACGCGAGCUCCUCCUCCUCCGGCUCCGAGCACAAGGGCGGCAGAGGCGGCGAGGUGGGCCAUGACGGUGCCCUGAGCUACUACGCCAACGGCGGCAGCAGGGGCGGCGGCGGCGGCGGCGGUCGCCGGAGGUCGUUCCUUCCCUACCGGCAGGACAUCGUCGGACUUUUCGCCAACGCCACCGCGUUCCGCCGGAGCUAUCACCCGUUCUGACGUCGCGAACGUCUUCGAUACCAAUGUUGCUCGAUCGAUUUUAUUCUCUUCUCUCUGCAGGUUAAGUAUGUACUUAAUUACUUGCCACGAUAAAUUCGUGAGCAGGUUUAAUUAAAUUUGUUUGAUGCGUGUGGCUGAUAAGUUUGGCUGCACGCUUUAAUUUGUUUGUCUGCGGUAAAUGGUAAUUGUAACAAUUUAUUCCAAAAAAAUGUUGAGUGUAACAGAGCUUGCAUAAUAAGUAUAUAUUGUAUACAGAGUUUUUAUAUGUUCA